AUGGAAUCUAUGUUUUCGUCUAAUAUCCGCGAACACGGCAGCAUACCGUGGGACGACAAGUACAUGAAGAUUGGCUCCGGCUACGAUCUCUACAAACAGCAGUCGCUGCGCUCGCCUUUUUGGCCAUGUCACCCUUCCUCUGAACUUCCAAGUACGGAACUGCACACUCUGGAGAUCAGCAGCAAGAUAUUGCGCGAUGAGGAAACUUUACUUCAAUACAUGACCUCUGACACACGGGCACUUGCAUCGGUCUUUACUGUCUUCAACCUUAAAGCCUCCCUGGAGACACUCAAGACCGCUCGAUGUAGCAAGACGUCCAUGACAGUGAUUAAGCGUUGCACUAUUACGCUGCCUGCUGAGCAUCAUGAGCAUUUGCUUGAGCUCUCUGACGAAGCAGAGUCCUGUUUUGGGCGGCUGAAUUGGUACGGGGAAGACAACGCACAAACCUUCAAGACAAGGUACGGCCAGUACUGCAUCACUGGAAGAACUCGACAAUCCACGUUCUUUGCCGUGAGCACCUACUCAGCCGAUACACAGCAGGAACUCGACCAGUUUGCCAGUAGGCUUUCGGCGGACUUCAACGGAAAAACGGUGUCCGUCGAAGCUGCAUCUUCCUUCGAAAUGGGUUCAUCCCACAAAUCCGCUAGCAUCAGGGAAACGCAUGAAGUCGUCGUCGUUGGAUGCAGUUCGCGGAACUUGCAACACCGGCUCCACACAAUCGAUAUUCAGAAAGCUUGGGUCGACUUCCUUGAGCACUACACGCCUAUACCAGUCCUGGCGCAAAUUACACACUAUGCCAAUAUCGACAUCAGAAUCAAACAUCCGCAGGGGUCGCUGUCCAUCCCAGAAGACUUUCGGAAUGCAGCUGAGCUUGCCCAGCUUCUCCAGGUUGCAGCUCGGUCCAAUCGUCUGGUCGGCGCUCGAGCCCUAGAGAUAUCUGUCCAGUCGACGAUUUUGAAGCUGGCUGAUCUACACGUAUACGCGGAAGAUAGUGACGAGGCCCUUCAACAAUGCGUGGCGACUCUAAAGAACGUCCGAGAAGAGCUGAGUGGAGUGUGGGAUCGACGGCGAAAGGUGGCAAAGGUGAUGACUGAAACAGAAGGCCAAAUUGAGAAGUGGAAGUUAAACAAAUGGGUGAAAGCCCACCACACCCCACAAUGGAAGAUUGGAAUCUGCCCUGAUGAUGUGCACGAAAGUCUCCGCAAUGAAGUCAUAGAGUAUCGAGAGGACUGGGACCCUGAGAGUAAGCGUGAUGGUAUGCCCGUGUGUCUCAAGAAUGAGGUGUCCAUGUGCCUCCCUGGACGCCGAAUUGUUGGAGCACAGGUUGAGAGUGGUUGGCAAGAUGAUACCAAUGGAUGGUGGCGAAGGACCUAUGGGUCUUUGGGAGAAGACACGCUUGCUAUUGGUUUCGAGACUCAACACUACCGCGGUGGUAGCUGGGCUUUGAUUGUAUGGGCGGUUGACAAUAAUAUAUACAUGGAAGCCUGA